AGCCCAAAACUGGAGCCCACUUUCACCCAACCUAACGCACCCAGUCCAGUAUAGCAUCGUGCGCCGCUGAAGACAGACGGAGAGAUGUCGGAGAAAGAGAAAGAUGUCGUGGUGACAGAGAAAGUGGUAUCGGAAGCCGAUGAACUGCCAAAGACUAUCGUGCGCCGGGUAGUGAAGGAUAAGCUAUCACAGCUCUCUAAGGAUUCCGAUGUCAACGUUCUCCGCGAGUCUCUUCAGGGCUUCUGCGAAAGCGCACGAAUUUUUAUCCAUUUCCUCUCCGCUACAGCCAGUGAUGUAUGUAAGGAGUCAAAGAGGCAAAUAAUCAACGCAGAAGAUGUAUUCAAGGCACUGGAGGAGAUUGAAUUUGCGGAGUUUGUCGCCCCGCUGAGAACUUCUCUUGAAGAAUUUAGGCGCAAGAAUGCUAAAAGGAAGUCGGAGUCAUUGAAGGCAAAGGAGAUGAACAAAAAAGGUAAAAUGAAAGAGCCACCUGUAACAAAUGGAGGUGGAAGUGAAGAAGAAGAUGAAGAUGAAAGCAGUGAAGAAUAGGUCGACUGUAACACACCAAGCGUUGGGCAAAAUGUCCGUUGUAGUUCCACAGAUGCUCUAGUUAGGUGAUAAAGAUGUAAGCAUAUAUUGACAAAAUAUGUUGGCUUAUCGUCCUUUUUAUGAAUAGUCUUACCCGUGUCGGUUUACCUCUAUAUAGUCGACUUGGAUGUACCUGUAACUAUCUUGUGGCUGUCUGAUUAAUGCUGUAAUUCCUUAUCCUAAAAUGGUGUUUUUGUGCUGA